AUAUAUGUUCCCAAAGAAGACACUGACUCCAGAGCAAAAAAGUGUCAGUCCAUUAGUUUGGUGCAGGCAGGUAUUGGAUUCCCCAAGUCCUGACAUUGAAUGUGCUAAAAAGUCCCUGAUCCGCAGGCUGGAACAGACAAUGUCAGCUCUCAAGAGACAGAGUUUGUACAGCAGCCCUUUCAGUGCGGUCAGUUACGCAAGCUCCUGUAGUCCAAAUACCGGUAGCCCCUACAGCAGUGGUUUCAACUCUCCCUCCUCAACACCAGUGAAAUCUGGUUUAGCAAAACAGCUUAUACCUCCUGGUACCUCAGGUCAUCUUAAAAGUUCAGCAGAUAGAAAUCCUCUGCUAAGUCCACAGUCCUCUCUGGACAGUGAAUUAAGUGCAUCAGAGAUGGAUGAAGACUCUAUUGGGUCUAAUUACAAGCUAAAUGAUGUUACAGAUGUGCAGAUUUUAGCACGAAUGCAAGAAGAAAGUCUCCGGCAAGAGUAUGCAGCAACUGCGUCUCGGCGUAGUUCUGGUUCUUCUUGCAAUUCUACAAGGCGAGGCACAUUCAGCGAUCAGGAGCUCGAUGCACAGAGUUUAGAAGAUGAAGAAGAGGGCACGCAUCACACAGGGCACCCUGCUGUUAGCAGGUUCUCACCUUCACCUCGCAGUUCUCCCUGGCCUUCACCAAAACAAUCUCCAAGGAAUUCACCUCGCUCCCGAUCACCUGCUCGAAGCAUAGAAUACAGCAGAGUGUCACCCCAACCUAUGAUUAGCCGUUUACAGCAACCUCGUCUUUCACUUCAAGGCCAUCCUACAGAUUUGCAGACUAGUAAUGUCAAAAGUGAAGGUAAAAAGCUCUGUCUCAAAUUCAUUACACAA